AUGUUCUUUGUUGCCUUGUCUAUUCCGCAGCCGAAAAUGCCACCGAGGCUAGAACUACCACCACCCCACCUCCGUCCGCUCUGCGCUUCCCAACUAACCCUAGUGAACUUCGCGUGCGGAACGAUCCCGUUAGUCCCAUCGCCGUUUCUAUCGUCCGACACACUGGACGAAGGAAAUGGACGUAGAAACAGGACUAGGAGUAGUCGUCGAGGAGGCGGAAAUGGGACGGGGCAGGAAGGAGACAGGCACAAGCACAAGCACAGGCAUAGGGAUAAGGCAAAGGAGAUCACUCCCGAACAAGGCUACUGUUGUCGAUGGCUUAAGAUGGUGGAGACAGUUUGUGUGUGCGAUAUGCUAACUCACUUGCCUCUCUUCCUCUCGUGGCCGCUCCAUCGGUACACUGUUAGUGUUGGUGAAGCCUGCAGUGUCACUUUCUCUUGUGGGGGACGACUAAGAUCGCCAUGA